AUGCAUGGGGCGCUGGACGAGGCAGGGUUCCCCCGUGGUCAUGCUGGAGACGACGACUACCUCAAGUAUGGCAUGACGGUUGCCUUCCUCUCCACGGAGCGCAAUGGGAUGCUGGCCUCGGAAGGCUUUGCGUCCGUGGACGUGCGGCUCGAGCACAUGGUACCCGAGGCCAAGCACAACAUGAAGCGCCGAUCGGGGCAGCUCGUCGCAUGCCACUACAAGGACUGUCUCUUCGAGAUUGUUCCCAAGAUGAGCUACGAAGCGACGUCCGCGUUCGAGCAGGCCAAGGCCACGACGAAAGGCGGUUCCGCAAGCUUCUCGACUGUCUUUUCCGAGCUCAAGUUCAAGAGCGAAUCCGAGCAGCGCUUGAACGCGUCAACUUACACCAAGUUGUUUGGAAAGCGCGUCAACUAUGGCCAGGUAGCUACACAGUAA